AUGCUGUCGCAACACAUCAAAGCCGAGUCCCGUCGCUGGGCCGCUGAACAGCAACAACACCACCCCGCCCCCUCCUCAGUCUCCUCAAGCGCUUCCUCUGUCUUCUCAGCCCUCGCCGACAACAGCACCAGAUCGCGGCGCUCCUCCAUCUCCAGCAUCGCGUCUGAGGACGCCGCCGCCGCCGCCGCCCAGCAGCAAGCAGCGGCACAGUUCCAGCAGCCGCUCGACCACAACGGCGCGCCCAUCACCGUCUACUCGUCUCUGGAAGAGGCUGUGGCGCAGAGCUCGGCGCGCUACGAGGCCGAUGCGCCGCGCCGACUCGUCACACCUGGGAAGCUGUAUGAGAAUGAGGAGGACGAUGAUGAGAUCAUCGAGGGGGAUGGGUCGAACUCUUGA